AUGCCUGGGACACGGGGUCCGGUGCCCGUGCCCUUGUAUACCAAUGGCGGCCAACGCGACCUCACCGAAGAAAUCCUCGAAGCUGUGGACCAACAAGCGGAAGUAGCGACCAGUGAAAAGUUCCCGCAAACAUCACAAGCCGAGAUUAAGGCAGCGUUGGAUCGGUUAGCGAGCAGGUCCAUGGUCGAAUAUGACACGAAAGAUCGGGAAGAAGUCGCUCUCACAAAGGAAGGCCAAGAGAUCGUCAAUGAGGGCAGUCAUGAGUUUAAAGUGUGGGACGCUGUACGGCAAGCUGGGAGAUUAUCACUGAAGGAUCCAUCAUUAGCAAGUGCGAAUGCCAAGAUUGGCCAGGGCAAUGCCUUCAAGCUAAAGUGGGUGAAGAAGGAUGGGGAUGCGCUGGUGUCAUUGACGGAGAGUGUUCAAGAUGCUACACGUGAGCAGCUUCGGUAUGCAGAAGAGAACCGGACGUUCAAGGACCCCAAGGCACAGAAAGACUUUGUGAAGCGGAAACUCGUCAUGCCGCAGAAAGUUAUAUCGUAUGUGGCGCGGAAAGGACAGAAGUGGGCGCUGGAGAUGCCUGUCGAGGUCACAGAUCUGACGGCGGAGAUGAUUGCGGAUGGCAGUUGGAAGACUGCGAAUUGGAAACCAUACAAUUACAAGGCAGAAGGUGCACAAUUAUCUGGUGGCGCUUUCCAUCCUCUAAUGAAGGUGCGGCAAGAGUUCCGUGAGAUCUUCUUCAAUAUGGGUUUCACAGAGAUGCCGACGCAGCGCUUCGUCGACACCGGCUUCUGGAACUUUGACACUCUCUUCGUCCCACAACAACACCCCGCGCGAGAUCUCCAAGAUACCUUCUACGUCUCAGAUCCCGCCGAAGCAGGCCCACCAGGCCCAGACCCGGCCACCGACAUAGCCCUCGCCCAAAUGGACGACCAAGACGAACAAGACGAAAGUGACCUCCCUCCCGCCGACGCCACCACCCGCGCGAAAGACAUCACCUCCAAGCUAGACUACCAACGAUACUUCGACAACGUCCGCUCCGUCCACCAAGACGGCGCCUUCGGCUCAAUAGGCUACCGGUACCCCUACAACGAAGCCGAAACCCGCCGCCUCGUCCUCCGCACCCACACCACCGCCGUCUCAGCCUACGUCCUGCACCGCUUAGCCGCCAAUCCCCGUCCCUGCCGCUACUUCUCCAUCGACCGCGUCUUCCGCAACGAAACAGUCGACGCCACCCAUCUCGCCGAAUUCCACCAGAUCGAAGGCGUCAUCGCCGACUUCGGCCUCACGCUCGGCGGCCUCCAAGCCUUCCUCAAACGCUUCUUCCGCAAAAUCGGCGUCCCAGACCUCAAGUUCAAACCCGCAUAUAACCCAUACACAGAACCGAGCAUGGAAGUCUACGCCUGGCACGCCGGGCUGAACAAACUCGUGGAAAUUGGAAACUCCGGGAUGUUCCGGCCGGAAAUGCUGCAGGCGAUGGGACUGCCGGAGGAUCUGAGAUGUUAUGGGUUCGGGUUGUCGUUGGAGCGGCCGACGAUGAUCAAGUAUAAGAUCUCGAACAUUAGGGAGUUGUUGGGGCAUAAGGUCGAUUUGGGGUUUAUUGAGAGGACGCCGGCGGUGAGGUUGGAUAGGGAGUAG